AUGUGGAGGCUAUUAAGAACAAUGUGUUUUGUUCAUGCAAUUGGAAGUAUAUUUUGUGUUUUGGAAGCCAAACCGAAGAAUCCUGAAGCUGACAUGAAUGCUACUGAAAUAAUUUCCCGUUGGGGCUAUGAAAGUGAAGAACAUGAAGUUAUGACUAAGGAUGGUUACCUCCUCUUAAUUUUCAGGAUUCCAUAUGGGAGGAAUGAAAGAAGGGAUUCAGCCACAAAGCCAGUCGUGUAUUUGCAGCAUGGAUUGCCUGUAUCUGCUGAUUACUGGGUUCUUGACCCUCCCAGUAACUCCCCAGCCUUCCUUCUGGCAGAUGCUGGCUUUGAUGUGUGGCUGGGGAACAGCAGGGGCACUAACAAUGCCAGGAAACAUGUGCACCUAGACCCAGAUUCUGAAGAAUUCUGGGCUUUCAGUCUUGAUGAACAAAUAGCAAAUGACCUCCCAGCCACCAUUGAUUUCAUUUUGAACAAGACAGGACAAGCACAACUUUACUAUAUUGGCCAUUCCCAGGGCGUCUAUCUUGCCUAUGGGGCAUUUGCAACAAACCCACAACUGGCCCAGAAGAUCAAAACCAACUUUGCCCUGGCCCCUGUUGUGCUGACCAAGAAUCUGAGAGGUUUCUUUCACUUAGUUGCAUAUGUUGACCCAAUGCUGUUCAAGAUUCUGUUUGGUAAAAAGGAUGUAUUCACCAAGUCAGAUGAAAAAAAUAUCCUUUUGUUCUUCUGCCCCUCGAAGAAAAUUGCAGCAUGUAAUAAUCUUUUUACUCUGAUGUUCGGAUACAACUCCCAGAAUUUAAAUGAGAGUCGUCUUGAUGUAUAUAUUGCACAUAUUCCAACAGGAACUUCAGUUCAAAGUAUACUUCAUUUUUCUCAGGGUAUCUAUUAUGGUGUAUUUGAAGCAUAUGACUUCGGCAGUAAAUCUGUAAAUAUGGAGCACUACAAUCAGUUUCUUCCUCCAAGAUACAAGAUAGAAGACAUGAAAGUCCGAACUGCUAUGUGGAGUGGAGGGCAAGAUAUUCUGGGAGAUCCCAAAGAUGUUAAAAAACUGGCAGACAGAACUCCCAAUUUAGUUUAUCACAAGCAGAUUCCUCACUAUGCUAAUAUUGAUUUUAUAUUGGGUAAUGAUGCUAAUAGAGAAGUUUAUAAAGAAAUCAUUGAAUUCAUCAAUAAUGAUCAAUCAGAGUAA